AAAAUUAUAUUUGCAUCAAAGGAGUCGGGCAGUAAUAUCAACUAUGACGAAAGUUCUGUUCAAGGACUUUUCCUCCAUGCCUUAGAAACCAGUUUAAUUGACGAGACUAUCCGUGCUAAGAGGAGACCUACACUCAAGAACCCAAGUAUUGCAGAUGAAGAUCUCAUAGAGGCAAUGAGUAUGGCAAUGUCGGCCGAAACAGAGCGCCUCAAUAAAUUUGGUGCUUCGGGCAGAGCUAAACAAGCAAGUGUAUCUUCUCUGGAAAUGGCAAAAAGUAACAUUAAGGAAAAGAAGGAAGAUGGAAGAGUGUUAGCUGCUCUUAAAGCAGUCCAGUCAGACAUGGCUACCAUGCAAACCGAAAUGAAGACACUGCAAGAGACAGUAUCUAAAGGACACAAACGGGAAAGCAGAGAGGAAAGUGGUAUGUAUGUACCGCUUAGUCAGCCGAAGCAUGGAUGUCAGAAAUGUCAAGAUGAGGGUAUGCCCAAUGCAUGUGAUCAUUGUUUCAUUUGUGGUGGUUCAAACCACAUUGCAUGAUAUUGCAGGCUUAAAAAUAGGAAUCAGGGAAACGGGAAAGGGCUGCCCCCGAGGGACAGGGAGUAGCCCCACAAAAGAAUCAACAAAGUCCCAUCAUUGUAAUAACUGCUCAACGGAAGAAACAGUGUCUGGUGAAUUUAAUAUUUGUUCUGUGUGUAAACUUGUGCGAUAUUGUUCACGUAAUUGCCAAAAGACACACUGGGAUGAACACAAAACACUUUGUACAGCUAUUAAGAACCUUUAUACUUCAACAGAGCGAGGAUUAGGAGAUUCAGCUGAUGAAAAUGUUUUUAUUAGUCACCGUACGCCCAGUCAAAGAAAUACUAUGGCGAAACUAGUAGGUGUCACGUUCGAUGUGAGCUUAAUGGUAUAGAAACUGACGUGUUAUGGGAUACAGGAGCCCAGGUUUCAAUAAUACCAGAAAGAGUACUGCGUGAAAAUUUCCCCAACCUUUUGGUUAAGGACAUUAGAGAAUUGCUAGCAAGUGGAGCAGACGUAAAGCUAGAGGCGGCUAAUGGGACUCGGAUUCCCUACAAUGGAUGGGUAGGAAUAAACUUUAGACUAUUGGAUGGUGCGACAAGUGAAAUUUCAGUACCAUUCUUAGUGACCAGCGAAGAACUUAUCAUUCCAAUUAUCGGUUAUAAUGUAAUCGAACUGUUUAUUAAGGAUAAUAAUCUCGAACAGGUGCUACCAGCUGUAACGAGAAGUUUUGUGAAAACGGAUGCAAACGCUCUGAUUAACUUUAUUCGAAGUGACACUAGUGAAAGUCUAUGUGUGUAAGAACCUCAAAAAAGAAUGUUAUUAUUCCAAAAGGAGAGUCAGUUAAUGUGUCGUGCCGCGCUAACACUGGUCCGGUGCAGCGUGAUAGCCCAGUGCUAUUUGAGCCGAACGAAGAAGCCAAUUGGCCUUCUGGUCUGACAAUCCAGGAAACUUUAACCACCAUCAAAAUGGGAAAGUCCAGCAUUAUAGAUAUCCCAGUCUCAAAUACUACUGGACGUGAUAUUGUUUUGCCCAAAUGCUUAGAACUUGGUCGUCUUCAGUUAGUACGUUCUGUAACUCCACUAGAAGUUAAAUUAAGUGAUGAGGGUACGGAAUACCAGGAAGACAGUCCUGCUGAUAAGUCGGAAACAAGUUGUAAAUCAAACUCGAAUGGACCCAAAGAAUCUAAAGUUCCUGAAGUAGACUAG